AUGGAGACGGUGUUCGAUGGCAAUUGGAGAAAACACAAAGUAAGGCUAUUUUUGGCCGUGAAAAUGAAUAGUUUACUCUUUAUUUGGGAUUUUUGUCUCCAAAAAUAAUCCAAGUUACGAUGUAUGAUAAUAAUUUAUAACGAAUACAGUAAAUUAUAUUAUAAAUAAUAUUUUAGGUGAUGCCAUCAGUCGCUGGACCUGCCACAAUCAAAAAAAUGAUCCAUCUUCGACCGGGAUUAGGCUCUUGGAGGGAUUCUGGAGGUGCAUGAAGAUGUUUGAAGCCAUAAUUUUGAACGUUGGACAUCAAUUCUGACAUUCGGAUGACAAAUUUCUAGAAAAUCCGUCAAAUAUCUUUGGGGAAAGGUAAAUUUUUGGAGUUAUUUGGAAAACAAAAUGGGGCUUCUAAAAAGAGAUGAUUUUUGACAAUUUUCACAAAAAAUGGACUAUUAUGUAAAAUUGACGGAUUUUAGAUCUUUGCCUUCCGAAUGUCGUCUUGGAUCUGGACUGAAGUGCUGGCCACCGAUCCAGAUCAUCAUUUUUGGACCUUGGAGAGAUGUCAGCCCAAUCAUAAUGGGUAUUCUGGGAGGCUGCGGGCUGGGAUGUUGGUCAGAAAGCAAAAUUUGA